GAGGAUUCUGAACCUUCAUAGGGGAAAACAUGCUGUGGUGGUGGUGGUGGUGGUGGUGAGGAGCCCCGCACCCCACCCACUGUCUCUCCAGCCUCCCUUCGUCUUGUAAACACGCCGCCUCUACCUUCGUCACUCUUGUAAACACCACAUUCACACUCACCCCUUUUAUUUAUGUGUAUGUCUGGUAUCCUCUCUCUCUCUCUCUCUCUCUCUCUCUCUCUCUCUCUCUCUGCAGCAGCGGGUCACCUGACUUGCGCGCGCACCUCAUCUUGCGUUAAAGGACUGAAAAUGUAAGGUAUUUUGGUCCGUGGCGGCGGCUGGGAAGGGAAGAAAGGAGGAAGGCAAGAAGUGCAUCAGAAGGAAGGAAGGAAGGACGGACGAUGGACGAGAGCCAGAAGGAAAAGAAUGAAUCAGGCGUGGCGGGACAGUGGCGGCGCCUGGUGACGAGCGAAUGGGUAAACGCAGUCAGGAUUCACGUGUCCCUCCUGGCGCUGCUCGUGGUGUACACCCUGUUGGGGAGUAAGAUUUUCCAAGUGCUGGAGUCCUCAGCUGAGAAAUCCAGACUUGAUGAGGCCAAACUGAGGCUGUCUGAGGCGCGGCAUAGCUUCCUGGGCCGCGUAGAGAGAUUGGAGGCGCUGGUGGAGAGGGAGAGGGUGUCUGGCUGGCUGAGGGAGUACGAGGAGGUGGCGGAGGAGGCGCAGAAGAGCGGGGCAUCACUCACUAUUGACUCAGACCCCCGCUGGAACUUUCCUCAAGCCGUUUUCUUUAGCGCCACCGUUCUGACCACGAUCGGUUACGGCAACAUCGCCCCUGAGACGGCCUGGGGGAGGGUGUUCUGCAUCGUGUUCGCCCUGGUGGGGAUCCCUCUCACCCUGACAGUCCUCGCCAGCCUGGGCCGUCCCCUCGUCUCUCUACUGCCCGUGGCCUCCAUUGAAAGACUCCUGCCCAAAGGCCGCAUGAAAACCGCCGUGACGAUACUGGCAACUCUGAGCCUGCUGGUGUCCUUCCUUGCCCUGGGCGGCCUGCUCUUCAUGUGGCUGGACUCCCGCACCUUCAUGGAGGCCUUUUACUUCUGCUUCAUCACCACCACCACCAUCGGCUUCGGGGACAUCGUGCCUGAAUCGACAGAGACAGCGUUCAUUAUCUGCUGCCUGGUGUACAUCCUGGUGGGUCUGGCGCUCACCACCACCGUGAUCGAGUUGGUGCAGCGCCAGUACGCCUCCUCCUGGGCUGAAAUGAAACACCUCACGGCACGCCUUCACGCCCUUUCCGGCCCUCUCGCCUCAGCCAUGCGCAAGCUGGCUGAAGGCGGCGCUGGCGAGGUUGAGGUGAAUCCGGAGUUGGUGAGGGAGCUUCGGGACCUCAACGUGACCCUGGCGGAGGUGCAGCGGCGGGGGUCAGCGUCAGGCACCCCUCCUUCAGGCACCCCAGCCAAGCCAGAUCCAUGGGAGGCGCUGCUGCGGUCCACGCUCACCAGACGGCGCAUCAAAUUAGUUAUAGUGAGGUGUUGGCGUUCUGUCCAAGUCUCCUCCCUCAGUCCCUCGUAUCCUUUGCAGUGCUCCCACAGUUUCAUGCCUCACCUCAGUGCUUCCUAAUCUGAAGGUGAAUUGUCCUGAGCACGCCGCGUCCACCAUUGCACCUGUGUGUUGACGGUUUGUGGGGAGUGACACGCUUCAUGUGCCGUGUUGAAUUGGGUAACAAGAUGAGAAGUCUGGGGAACCGCUUACCUGGAGACUUACAGCAACACAAAGUCGAAACACUUAAGGUUGUUGAUUCGAAACACGCCCAUCACCUUGUGUUGCCUUAGUUGUGUACCUUACCUGUGAAAAAUUAACAAAAUAAACCAAUUCAAAAUGC